CCUCAGGGAAUGGCGAGGGGUAGACACUAGCAGCGAGAAAGAGAGGAGCAGGUGCGGGUGAAAGCAGCGAAGAGCAUGAAGGCCGCGUCUUGGGGAUGCCGAGAAGGGGACCACUCGGCGGCUGUGCUGGUCAUUAGUGUAGGGUGCUCGACACAGGAUUAUAACCUGCCUCCUUGUUUUUGGGCGCCUCCAUCAUCGAAUGAUUCGAUCCGACGGCAAGUCUCGUUGUGCCGAUGGUUCCAGUCGCAGCAGAUUCUCUCGUAAAUAGCCGCGAUAGCCGUUUUUCGAUAUCCAUUUCCUUGGCGUCCAUCACCUCAGGUGCGUCCAUGGCAGUGAUCGGCGGCAAUCAAUGCCUCAUUCCGAGUGAGCAAAUAAUAGCAAGGUUAAAGGCGUUUCCAGUAACAUUUUGUACAGCAGUAUCAGCCUCGACCGGAGUUUCUCACAGCGGAAGACGAAGACCAUCAUCGCUAGCACGUCGAGACUCGCUUCGAAGCUGCUUCACACCGUCGACGAGAGCUCGUGAAUUUCGCAAGCGGCUUUUCGCCGUUCGCUCGCAACUUCUCGCCGUCGCGGUGCUCGCGCUCGGCGCGUUUCCUCCCGUCAACUCACAGGCAUCGUCUCCCGACCGUGUUGCUCUCGCCGCGCUCGGCCGCAGUCUGGAUCCCAGCAGUGUGCUCGUGUGGGCGUCGCCGCUGCUGUGUUCCGGAUGGACCAACUUCACGUGCUUAGACAACACCACUAUAACGGGGAUCAAUCUGGUGAACAUGCCCCUAUCUGGCUCCCUCCCUGCCGACAUCUCCCGAUUCAAAAGCCUCCAACUCCUGGUGAUCCGCUAUAGCAACAUCUCAGGCGUGCUGCCUGAUGCCAUCACGACCCUGACACACCUCAAAUACCUGGACCUGAGCUACAAUCAAAUCUGGCCGCCUUUGCCACCAGCCCUCUUCACAAUGCCAAAGCUGCGCACCCUGCUGCUGGGCAACAACUGGCUCACCAACCAGACGGUGCCCAACCUGGCCAAGGCGCCCUCUUCCCUGGAAUUUGUCUCACUGCGCUCUGACGGUGCUGUGGUCGACAGCGCAUCCAGCGUGGGAAAGGGCACUCUUGACCUCUACGGCAACACUCAGAUCUGUGACAUCGACACAGGCCUCCCUCUCAACCUCACCUCCUCCAGUGGCCAGUUCAACAACUCCUGCACCUGGACCUCCGCCCCCUUCUGCAUCUCCCACGACUGCCCCCCCACCAAGUACAAGGACCUCCCAGCCUUCCUCAAUGCCUACCCGCCCUCCUACUGCAAGCCCAAUUCGGGCCCCAUGAAAGGGCCUCUUUUCCCCGAGUCUCUUGCUGGCAGGGGUUCUGCCACGGCAGUUGUGGUGCCAACGGGUCCCGGGGCGUGUGUGUGCGUGGGGCAGCAGUACUGUGAGUUUGACCUGGUGUGCAGCAACAGCAGCAUCCAGAGCUGGAACAACGACUACUCGCAAGUAGUGGCCCAGAAGCUGUCUCAAGCGAUUACCAUCAAGCUUGGGAAAUGCGUUUCGCCGGAACAGGUGUGGGUGCGGCACGCCUAUGUGAGCGACUGGCGCCUGGACAGCACGAGCACGCCUCUGUUUGACAUGCGCCUCUAUGUGGUGCUCUUUGGGAACUUCACCAGCGACGAUGAGGUGCUCGUGCAGACAGUCAUUGUGCAGAACAAGGGCAUUCUGGAGGACCCUAAGUUUGGCCGGCUCGACCUGCUGGCUCAUGAGGAUCAGGCUCAGCCUCCAACAACUCUGCCCAAUUCAGCUCCUGACGUGUCAACAAAUGCGACGGCCCCUCCUUCACCAGCCCCCUCCUCCUCUGACUCCACCUCCGGUCUGUCCACUGGAGCUAUCAUCGGCAUUGUGGCAGCAGCCGUCCUGCUGCUGCUUCUCCUGCUUGGCUCUGUUUGGUGGAUUGUUGCACGCACCCAAGCAUCUGCCUCAGCAUCAUCUGCCCCCAGCUUGCCAUGCCAGCAGUACUCCCUGGCCCUUGUGGCCCGUGCCACAGGCAACUGGUCGAAAGAAAACCUGCUAGGGUCGGGCGCCUAUGGCGACGUGUACCACGGGGUGUGCCCUGAUGAUGACACCACGGUGUGGGCCGUGAAGCGAGCCAAAGUCAUCACCACCGACUUCCGUAAAGAGGUGGCUCAGAUGGCGACAAAGCACCAUCCCAACCUGGUGCGGCUGUUGGGGUUUGCAGUGGGUGGCGAUGUGAACACGCGGGUGGAGAAUGUUCUCAUCUACGAGUUCAUUGUCAAUGGCGACCUUCAGAGGUGGAUCGGCCAAGAUGCCCCCACUUGUCUGACAUUGCUGCAGCGGAUGGACAUUCUGAUAGGGGCUGCACGCGGCUUGGAGUAUCUUCACAGCUUUGGCAUCGUGCAUCGCGACAUCAAGCCAGCCAACAUCCUCAUCGGUGCACAGAUGCAGGCCAAAGUGGCAGAUUUCGGCCUGGUGCACGUGGGGGAGGGCAGUGCAGUUGGGACCACGCGUGUGCUUGGCACGGCGGGCUAUGUGGACCCCGCGUACUCCAGAACACACAAGGCCACCACCGCUGCUGAUGUGUACAGCUUCGGCGUCCUCAUGCUGGUGGUGCUGUCAGGCAGAGGAGCCUCCAUCACUGAGCUGAACCCGGGCAGUGAGACAGACAACUUUGGCAACGAGGAGCCAAUUUCCAUUUCCAAAUGGGCAAGUGGUCUCAUGGCGGAUGGAAAGACAUCAGUGCUCAGAGACCCCCGCAUGGCAGCACCUGAUGGCAUCAUCAAGCGCAUUGCCCAGCUGGCUGUGAGCUGCACCGCCAUGCCAACUGCCGCCCGCCCCUCCAUGCUACGAGUAGCCCAAGACCUGGAGGCCGUGAGGGAGGAGGUGGGAGGGGGGGAUGUGAGAGCACGAGCUGCAACGAGGGUUGAUGAGAUCAUGGGGAGUCAGCAACCGGUGAGGAGCAUGGAGGAGGAUCUUACCUUGCUGGCCCAACAGGUCUCCAACCAGAGCAGGAACUAUAGCUAGUGCUGCGAUGCGAGCCAUACGUGGAGACACAGCACAGGUUUCAGUGCGUAAGUUACCGGAUAAGGGAGUGGCUUAGGAGUCCAUGAUUGUGUUGAGAGGAUUGAUCAUAUAGCACCGCCUUGCCUAAGCUAUAGAACGCCAUACUACUGUGAUCCCCUGGAUAUUUAUCCUUACCUACAUGUGCUUUGGGUACAGUACCAAAGACAAGUGAGGGGCAUGGAAUAUUGCUGCUCGUGGCCCGGAUUACACAUGGGGAAUUGUUUUGUAGCACAGAAAUGUACUCCCAAUCAGCAUUUCUUUCUCAUGCA